AUGGUAGUAUGGGUUCACUUCCCCGGCCUGCCAGUGCACUUUUAUCACAAAGAACUCCUCUUUACGAUGGGCAAUCUCCUUGGCAGAUCCAUUAAGCUCGAUUUUCACACUCAACACCAGCAGCGGGCAAAAUUUGCACGGAUGGCCGUUGAAGUAGAUUUGUCGAAGCCGCUGGUCCCGAUGAUCAGAUUAGACGGCCGGUGGCAGAAAGUUGAAUAUGAAAACCUUCCUGUUGUCUGCUUUGAUUGUGGGAUAGUGGGACACACGAAUGUCUCUUGCCCAACCAGAGACCGAGGUGCGAACAGGGAUAAUGAAUCUGGUGCCCUGGCGACGACGAUGAUGCUGGCCGGCGAUGCCUCGCCGGAGGCCAAUGCCGGUUUCGGACCUUGGAUGGUGGUGUCGCGCAAAUCUCGGCGCAAUCAAAAGGAUACUGCCACAAAAGGAAAGAUGGAGCAGGGGAUGGCGAUCGCCAACGGGCAGAAGAGAGGGGAGGAAAGGAAAGAGGGCGAAAUUUUGGGGAAGGCUCCAUCACAAAAGGAAGGGGUGUCGCAGCCUAAACAACGACAACAAACAGGGGAAAGGCAAGCGGCGAAAACGGAGGGGAAAGGCAAAGGAGUUUCGAAGGGGAAAGGGAAAGUGUUGGAGGCUGUAGGGUUUACUGAGAAAGGGUUGCUGGGCCCAAAGCCCAAAGCGGGAGAGGCCUCUUCUAGUGGGCCUAGUAAAGUGGCUACCCAGGCUACUUCUCAGACUUCCCAAGUCCAGAGCCCCAAGCAGCCCGCGAAGUCUUCGAAUGGGCCGAAUAGGAAAGAAGAGGACCUGGCCAAUCCAACCGGGCCAGCAACCCAAGCUAUUGAUGGGAACGGGACCAGAAUCAGAAUAGUCGAAGCGCUACCGUACCAGCCGCCUGCUCCUCGAGUUGUCAAUCUUGAGACUCCGUCGGCGGUCUCCAAGACUAAAUCGAAGAAAGAGGGACGCGGCGGUGGAACCAAAAAGGCAGCGACACCUAGGAAAAGUACACCGCUGCGCCAGAACGCCUUGAAGCCGCUGCAAAUCUGGUCCCCGGUGAAAGAAAAAAGGGGACGGAACAAGGAGAAGAGAGUUUCUCUUACUCUGCAACAAAUAAAGGAAUGGACAGAUGCGGCGCUGCCGAAAGCGGUGACUGACAUCGAGCUGACCAACAAGGAAGACUUGGGGAAGAUGGAGGCGGAUCCGAGCGGGAUUGCGAGCAGGCAGGAUGCUCCUGGUCACUAA